CGCCCUCACUUCUCCCCUUCCCACCUCUAGGGGGACCAUGGCCAGUGCAGGGUCCUCUCUGCUCACAGCCCUAGGCCCCAGCCCAGAUCCUGGCGACAGUGAGGCAGAGCUGGACUGCCGUUUUAAUGAGGAGUUCAAGUUCAUCCUGCUGCCUGUGAGCUACUCGGUUGUCUUUCUGUUGGGCCUAGGCCUCAACGCCCUGACCCUCUGGCUCUUCCUCUUUCGCCUCCGACCCUGGGACGCAACGGCCACAUACAUGUUCCACUUGGCCUUGUCAGAUACUUUGUAUGUGCUGUCACUACCCACCCUCAUCUACUACUAUGCGGCCCGCAACCACUGGCCCUUUGGUGCUGGGCUCUGCAAGUUCGUCCGCUUUCUCUUCUACUGGAACCUCUACUGCAGUGUCCUCUUCCUCACCUGCCUCAGCAUCCACCGCUACCUGGGCAUCUGCCACCCACUGCGGGCACUGCGCUGGGGCCGCCCUCGCUUCACAGGCCUUCUCUGCCUGGCGGUUUGGUUGGUCGUCGCCGGCUGCCUCGUGCCCAACCUGUUCUUUGUCACAACCAGCACCAAGAAGGACACCAUCCUGUGCCAUGACACCACUCGGCCCGAGGAGUUUGACCACUACGUGCACUUCAGCUCGGCCAUCAUGGGGCUGCUCUUUGGCUUGCCCUGCCUGGUCACUCUUGUCUGCUAUGGGCUCGUGGCCCGGCGCCUAUAUCGGCCCUUGCCGGGGGCCGCCCGGUCAUCUUCUCGUCUGCGUUCUCUCCGCACCAUCGCUGUGGUGCUGACCGUCUUCGCUGUCUGCUUCGUGCCUUUCCACAUCACCCGCACCAUUUACUACAUGUCAAGGCUGUUGGAAGCUGACUGCCGGGUGCUGAACAUUGUCAACGUGGUCUACAAAGUGACUCGGCCUCUGGCCAGUGCCAACAGCUGCCUGGAUCCCGUGCUCUACCUGCUCACUGGGGACAAAUAUCGACGCCAGUUCCUGCAGCUGUGCAGGUGUGGGGGGUCUCAGCCCCCCACGACCGCCUCCUCCCUGGCACUGGUGUCCCUGCCUGAGGAAAGCAGCUGCAGGUGGACAUCCACCCACCAGGACAGUGGCUUCCCUGCCCCUGGGGCAGAUAGAUUGUAACCCUGGGAGCCAGGAAGUGAGAGGAAAAAGGGUGGGUGCAGGGCAGAGGUGA